AUGGGCGACGUCAUGAACCGAAGAGAUAUCAAGACCUUUGUGCCCCAACCGCGCAACUACAAGACGCCUCCCUUCACCGUCGAAGCGCCCGGCGCAGAGAUCAAGGCUGGCGAGACCGUGCCCCGACGCAACGUCAAAACCAAGGAUCAACUCAAGUCGACACCCGUGCCGGAGGUCAAGACUCUCUACGAUAUCGUGCGCAGAGCGAGCGAGAAAUAUGGCAAUGCGAAGGCGCUAGGAAAGCGCAAGCUGAUCAAAUUGCACGAGGAGAACAAGAAGGUCAAGAAGGUCAUCGAUGGCAAAGAGCAGGAAGUCGACAAGAAGUGGACCUACUACGAACUAUCCGAUUACGACUACUUAUCUUUCAGGGAAUACGAACAACUCGUCCUCAAUGUCGGCAGUGCUUUCCGCGCUCUGGGCUUGCAACCCAAGCAAGAUCGCGUCCACAUCUUCGCUGCUACCCACCCCCACUGGUUGGCCAUUGCGCACGGCUCGCACAGUCAAGCACUCUCGAUUGUCACCGCAUACGACACACUUGGCGAAGAUGGACUCAAGCACUCUCUACUGCAGACCAAUGCCAAGGCCAUCUUCCUCGACCCGCACCUCCUCACCAAGCUCAUCAACCCCAUGAAAGAGGCCAAGGACAUCCAGCACGUCAUCUACAACGACGACGAUGCGCCAACUUCCAAGGCCGAACCAGAGAAGAUCCAAGCUGACGUGAAGAAACUCAAGGAUGCACACCCGGACCUGAACGUGCUCAGCUUCAGCGAAUUCGUUAAGCUGGGUGAGCAAAAGAAGGUGGACCCCACUCCGCCCAGCCCGGAAGAUCUCGCCUGUAUCAUGUACACUUCCGGCUCGACCGGCACUCCAAAGGGAGUUCUACUCACCCACAAGAAUGUCAUCGCUGCAAUCGCGGGCGUCGAUGUCAUUGUUGGUCCCUACCUUGGACCUGGCGACGGGCUAUUGACGUACCUGCCUUUGGCUCACAUCCUGGAGUUUGUCUUUGAAUCCGCCUGCUUGUACUGGGGCGGUACCAUGGGAUACGGCAACCCCAAGACCAUCUCGGACGCGUCGAUGAAGAACUGCAAGGGUGACAUUGCCGCGUUCAAGCCUACCAUUCUGGUCGGUGUGCCUGCGGUGUGGGAAACGGUCAAGAAGGGCAUCAUGGCCAAGGUUGCUAAACUCAACCCGAUUUCCAGGAACAUGUUCUGGGGAGCUUACACGGCCAAAAACUUCAUGAUGUCGAACGCCAGCUACCUCCCGCUUUCGGGCGUUGGUACGAGCAUCGUGGACAAUGUUGUCUUCAAGAAGAUUGCCGAGGCCACUGGUGGCCGACUGCGUAUCUGUCUGAACGGAGGUGGUCCUAUCGCCAAGGAGACACAGCGAUUCGUCUCCAUGUGCAUUGCGCCCAUGAUUUCGGGAUAUGGCCUUACAGAGACUGGUGCUAUGGGAGCGAUCAUGGAUCCCCUUGCCUGGACGGACUCUGCUUUGGGAGAGAUCACCGGAUCGAUUGAGAUCAAGCUCGUCGACUUUCCGGACGCUGGCUACUACUCCACGAACAACCCACAGCAAGGCGAGAUCUGGAUCCGAGGAGAUUCGGUUGCCUCCGGCUACCUUGACCUGGAGAAGGAGACCAAGGAGUCGUUCACAGACGAUGGCUGGUUCAAGACCGGCGACAUUGGCGAGUUCGACAGCUAUGGUCAGCUACGGAUCAUCGACCGCAAGAAGAACCUGGUCAAGACGCUCAACGGAGAGUACAUUGCAUUGGAGAAGCUCGAAUCGGUCUACCGCUCAUGUCCAAUCGUCGGUAAUAUCUGUGUCCACGCUGCCCAAGACAAGAACAAGCCGAUCGCGAUUGUCGUACCUGCCGAGGCUGCACUGAAGGACCUUGCUAGCAAGAAUGGGAUUAACGGCAGCGGUCUUGAGGACCUGUGCCGCAACAAGAAGGUAAAUGAUCUCGUGUUGAAGGAGAUGCAAAGCGCUGGCAAGAGCGGUGGGCUUGCUGGAAUCGAGCUGAUCGAGGGACUCGUCCUGGCGGACGAAGAAUGGACGCCGCAGAACGUAAGCCUUAUCUCGCGUGUACCUUCGAGGCUUCAGCACACUGACAUGAAUCUAGGGCCUCGUCACAUCUGCACAGAAGUUGAACAGAAAAGGUAUCACUGAGAAAUACAAGAAGGAGAUCGACACUGCGUAUGGCAAGUAG